AUGUUAUUGAUUUUGAAAGGUGCACUUAGCUCUUUAUUUAAUAUUUUAAAAAAUUGUGAAGACUUCAGAGUGAGUUAUCAAGCUAUCAUAGUAUGUAAAAAAUGUCCUCAAGAGUCAAGGGAAGUCGUUUUAGAACCAAUUUUAGACUAUUCAGGAGGAUGUGAUUUUGAAAAUUUCUUAGAUUACAGGUUAAGAUAUACAACAACUUCAUGCAAAAAAUGCAAAAAUGAGGCUACUUCAAUCAUUAGAAAUAUUUUAUGACCCAAAUAUUUAUUUAUUGUUAUUGAUGAAGCACAGAGCGCUCUUGAAUAUGAAAAUAUAAAGUCAAUUAAACUAGAUAACGAAUCUCAAUAUGAUUUUAUUGGUGAAAUAUUAUAUAAAAAUCAACAUUUUACAACUGUAUUAAAAAAUCCAUAUGUGAAGACUAGAAGUGGAUACAAAAUGCUCUCUGGCAGCUACCAUCAUGAUGGGAUGAGAAAUGACGGUCAACUUACGAAACUCACUGUUUCAUUGAAAAGGUUCAAAUGUGAUCAAAAGCCAUAUAUUUUAGCAUAUAAAAAGGUUAAUAAAAUAUAA